CCAUGCCAUCCACCAUGUCUCCAAUAUUCGAAGGCUUUGUCAACAAGAUGUAUGACUUCGGCAUAUCUGAAUGGUCUGUGAUGUUAUUGUCUCUUGGCUUGCUUGGGCUUGCAUAUCGCGUUGUGUAUAACCUCUACUUCCACCCAUUGGCCGCCUUUCCCGGCCCAAACAUCGCUGCUGUCACUAGUCUUUACAAAGCAUAUAUCGACGUCGUUGCCAGAUCGUCCUUUGUACAUACCUUGGAAAAGCUUCAUCGUCAAUACGGUGAUGUCGUUCGGGUUGGUCCAAAUGAGUUACACUUCUCACGCCCAGACACAUACCAUGAGAUUUACAAUGCGACCAAUCGUUGGGACAAAGAACAAUCACUGUACCACAGUUUCGGGGAGGACCGAUCUUCCUUCGGAUACUUGGAAUAUAAAGACGCCAAAGCCAGGAAGGAUAUCCUCUCUCGAGUCUUCUCCAAGAAAGCAAUCCAAGAGGCAGAAGGUCUCAUUCAAGAAAAGGUGGUUGGCCUUUGUGAAUCAUUUUCCAGGGCCGCGGAUCGACCUAUUGAUCUAUUUUAUGCAUUUCGGUGCAUGUCAAUUGAUAUCAUUACCUACCUCUGCUUUGGCAAUUCCGUGGACGCCAUCAAUGCACCAAAUCACGAAGCUCCCAUCAUUCUCGCCAUGGACGCAUCUUUACCUGUAUUUGUCCGAUUCAAACAUUCGUCCAUGUACAAAAACAUGAUUAUCAAUUGUCCGCCUAAGAUAUCGAGGGUCGUCAGUCCCGCUACCUCCGGCCUCGUUGAUCUCCAGCAGGUUCUCAAAAAGCAAAUCCAAGAUAUAACCAGCGACCCAGACAAUCUGAAGAAACUGCCCCACUCAACGACGAUAUACCACGAACUUCUUAAACCUGAACUAUACCCUGAUCGCUCGAUUCCUGAUCAUGGUAGUUUAUAUGAAGAAUCUCAAGCUUUGAUGUUUGGGGGUGCUGAUACCACAGGAACGACACUCAUGCAUGGAUGUUUUCUUAUCUUGAAUAAUCCACAGGUUUACAAGAACAUCAAGACCGAGUUACACGAAGCAUGGCCGACUCUGGAGCAAGUGCCUUCGUAUGACAUGCUUCAAAAGCUGCCAUAUCUUACUGCCACGAUCAAAGAAUCUCUACGGAUGUCGCCUGGAGUUGCAUCUCCACUCCCUCGAGUCGUACCGGGUGGUGGAGUUACUCUAUCUGAGAGAUUUAUACCAGGAGGUUCCGUCGUCGAAAUGAGCAGCCACUUCAUCCACCGCAACGGCGAAAUAUUCGAAUCUCCCGACGAAUUCCGUCCUGACCGCUGGUUGAAUGAAAAUGGUAAAAAACUCGACCGAUGGCUCGUGAGUUUUUCACGUGGACCUCGAAGUUGUCUUGGAUUGAAUUUGGCAUGGGCAGAGUUAUAUCUAGCAUUCGCGCAUGUUUUUCGCAAAUUCGAGCUUAAGCUUGAUCCAUCGACUCCGAAAGAAUUAAAGUGGCGUGAUUGUUUCUUGCCAGAGUAUUUAGGUCCGCAUUUGAAAGCGGUGGUGACUCCAGUGCCUGUUUGAGAGGGUAGGUACUAGGUACUAUUACUGUCGUUGCUGGAAUGGAAUGAGAGAAUCAAUCUACUUAGAUUGAGGAGCCGUCACUGUCACCCACCUAACGAAUAUAUAGUACCUUAUCCCAUGAAUCGAUAUGUUCCUUAGGUAUAGUCAUAUAAUCGUAGUUGGUGGUAGCAAG